AUGUCGACGAAUUCAUCCGAGCGCACGGUGACCACCACCAUCGCCGCUGCCCACACCACCACAAAUUCCCUUAGCUCUGCUCAUCACUUUGUGUCGAUGAAGCUAACGAAUCGUAAUUUUUUGUUCUGGCGUGCUCAACUCCUACCAUUUCUCCGCGGGCAAGGGUUGCUCGGGUAUAUUGAUGGCACCCUACCCUGUCCGCCGGCCACCAUUACCGUUACGCAGCAGACCAGCGAGUCGGGCGCCACCACCUCCGGUCCAUCCGCCGUCCCUAACCCAGAAUACGAAAGGUGGUUGCAGCAGGAUGCUUCCAUUCUUUCCCUUCUUAUCUCGUCGCUGGUUGACGAGGUAAUGCCUCAUGCUCACGGCCGGAACACCACCAGGGAGGUCUGGGAAUCACUCACGGCGGCGCUAGCGUCUUCUUCAAGAGCACGGUGUUUGAACCUACUGGGCCAGAUUCAAACUCUCCGGCAAGGCAGUAGCACACCGGCAGAGUAUCUAGGCAAGGCGGGGGUGAUCGUGGAGGCCCUGUCGCUCGCCGGCCGCCCGCUCUCACUCGACGAGCAAACGUUAUAUGUUCUGCGGGGGCUCCGGCCGGAGUUCCGAGCAAUGGCGAGCGCUCUCACGGUCACAGGUACUCCCGUCUCCCUCUCUCAGUUAUCUGAUCUGCUACAGACUCAAGAAUUCAUCCAGGCAGAUGAGUUCUCUGCUUCGGAUCACUCUGCGACAGGCGGAGCACUGGCGGCCUUCUAUGCGGGGCGUGGCAGUAACAGUGGAGGACGCUCCGGCUAUGGUGGACGGCACUCCACGAACAACGGCAAUCAGAAUCACUGA